AUAUCUGGUCAUUUUAUUUCUCCUUUAGGCGUAGUUUGGGUGUCGUUAGAAAGUUGACAGGGAAGCGGAACUAGCGAGCUAGCUGGACGUUAGCUAGUUACAAGUUUCUCCCUCUUCUACGGAUCUACCGCAGAAUACAUGAGAAACUCCGCAACGUUUUAAACAAUGCCACAACAUAUUGAGCUCGGGGCCACCGGCGGAGCUGCUAAACAGGAGAGCACCAACAUGGACGACAUGACCGUGGAGCAAAUGGCUGUCAGAGCCAACCAGCUGACUGAUGAGUCACUGGAAAGCACAAGGAGGAUGCUACAGCUGGCAGAGGAGAGCCAACAGACUGGCAACAAAACCAUGGAGAUGCUUGACCAUCAAGGAGAGCAACUGAGGAAUGUGGAUAAAGGCAUGGACCAGAUCAACCAGGAUAUGAGACAGGCUGAGAAACACCUGACCGACCUGUCCAAAUGCUGCGGCCUGUGUAUCUGCCCCUGCGACAGAGUGUCGUCCAUUGAGAACGACUCACGCUACAAACGCACAUGGGGCACCGGUGAGGUGGAAGGCGAAGGAAGAGAUUCAAAAGUUGUCUCAAGGCAGCCUUCAGGUGUUCGCAAUGGCCAAGCCCCCCAGGUCAACGCCCCGCAGCAAUCGGGCCCAUACAUCAAUAGAGUAACUAAUGAUGCAAGAGAGGAUGAAAUGGAGGACAACCUUCAGGCAGUUGGCGGCAUCAUCGGUAACCUGAAAGACAUGGCGCUGAAUAUGGGCAACGAGAUCGACAAACAGAAUGUCGUGAUUGAUCGUAUCAACGAUAAGGCGGACAUGAACAAACUGCGCAUCGACGAGGCAAACCAGCGAGCUAACAAGCUCAUCAAAUAGACAAGGAAUCUAUCUGCUAAUCUUAUACAUCCACUUUGAGCCUAUUUUGCAACACACAUGCACAUUGUAUAUGUCUGCACCUGCACAAACACACCAAGAUAGAAAAAAAAAAAAAAAGGAAAUUGGGUUUAAAGACAUUUUCCCAGCAGUGUGCCUUUGACACAGUCUGCUAAUCAAUGUUAAUAGCUUAUGCAGGAGCAUCUGAAGCAGAGUGGGAAUCAGAAACUGAACCAAAGAGGAAGUGAUUGACCACUCAUCGCUGCGGUUUGAUACCAAAUAUCCACCGGGCCUGUGGCAGCUUAACAUCCACCGUGAGGGAAGGAGCUCAGGUCGUCAGCUUUCCCCACUAUCUGUGUGUGAGUGUGUGUGCUGUGAAAUAAACGGCCAAGGUCACUGAUCCACGCUGAAAACUGUAGUUAAGAGAUAUAACAGGAAAAGUCAAUUAGAAAUAUAGCACUCGAAUCCAAGGUUAAAUAUGUAAUAAAGUUCAAUGUGUGGCAUAUUGUUUUCGUCUGAAACGCCAAUUUGAUUAACAGCCAAGCAGACAUGGUUGGAGAAUAAAGCUGUCUAGUUUAACUUGGUUCCCAUGUUGUGUUUGCUAUUUCAGAUGCGCAGGUGUACCCCAAUGAAACGUCUAUAGAGCAGCAUUCAUUUCAUUCAGAAAGUGACCCUCAAAACACAGUGUGGUAUAUUCCACUUUCAACCAUUAUAACAAACGUCCUUGUGUUCCUUUUGCUUAAUUGGGAAAGACUAUACUAAUCACUCAGUAUGCAGUCAUUCGAUAUAGAUAAAAAAAAAUAUAUAAGAUUUAGCUAAAACAUACUUUCAAAUAUAUAACUUGUGUAACGAGUGUCACUUUCUGACUUGAAUGAUUAGAAACACCCCUUUGAUGAAACAAUGCUUCAUUGAGAUGCACCUGUAAAUGCUAUUUCAAAGAACCAUUUGAAUCCCAAAUGUGCCUUUUGGAGUGAAUCAGAACAAAUCUUUUCAUGCUGGAAUUAAAAACCUUUCCUAUAAAUACGUCAGAUGCUUCAGAUUGAGGGAGACUUGAGGUUUUUGUAUAAAUAUGACUAUAUCCUGUGAGAAGCAUUACAUACAAAUCACUCAUUAAUUUAUUUGUUCCUAAAGCAUUUAGUCUAAUAUCAACACUGAAUCUGGGGAAAGGAUGACAGGAUGUUCCAUUAAACCAUCCGCUGUCUUACAUUUAUCUUUAGGUUUUUUUUGUUUUGUUUUUUAUAGGUUUUCUUCUUAGAUUACAGUGUUGAUGUAAAUAUGAAAUAUUCUGUAACUGUUUAUCUGCCUGUUAUUCUCUCAAUCCAACAACAUUUUUUCAUCUUGGUAAAUAUUUAUCACUUUCAGAUACAAAAUAACAAACUCCUUCAUAAAUCAGUUAAAUCAAUAAACUUCCCUCGAUGUUCUGUAAUCCCACCAUCUGUAAACAUAAAAAAAAAAACAAAUGUUCAGUCCUGAAGCACAUUUGUAAUUUAUAUAUAUUGUUUUUUCUCCUGUCAUUUGGGCAUUGUUUCUGUUUUAGGGGAUAUUCUGUAGCUUAGUGAGACUUGCCGUUUAUUUUUUUUAAGGUAUAUGAUGAUAUAAUCCCAAAUACUGUGUUGUAACAGUGGUAUUACUGAAGCUCCCGUCUUUCUGUUUUAGCAGACAGCUGCAGUAAAUGUUCCACCUCACCAUAAAAUACAUCAUCUUAAUAUUUCUUUGUCUAACAGCUAGGCUGAGGAAUUACAGCUGGCAGCAGGACGCAUGGAUAUACACAGCAUGUAAAUGAGUUAAUUAAGGGGUAAAGGCCGAAUGUAUCUGCUGGUUCCUGUCAUGUUCUCACUGGGUACAGAGCGGCUAAUGAUGGUAGCGCUGAACCUGUUUCCCAUCAACAUCUUCUGGCUUAUUUGUUAUGAAAAACAGACAAUGGUCUGUCUGCUUGGCUGCAGGCAGGCGCCUGCGUUUGUAAAGGUCGAUAUUGACUUGUUUAGUGCUUUGUGAAGAGAUAAGCGAUCAUCUUCAUCCUGUUAAUGUAAAAUUAACAUCUAAUUAGUCUAUAACUGCCUUGCAACCAUCUCUUCUUCGUGUCACCAACAGCUACUGGAAUGUAAAGCAACAUUUGUUUAUUUUUAAUGUGUAUGCAGCUUGACUUUGGAAAACAUUGACUGUUUAAAAUGUAUUUCAUCUUUUCUUCCCCUUUCUGUCCCUAUCCAACUGUUUAUACUCAAUAAACUAAACUCUGAAGUUCA